ACACGGACACGAUGAGAAUAAAAUGAAGGCGCUGUUCGUUUGGGGUGGCGACGUGAUAGCCCAGAAGUGGAGUUGCAUACGUUACCGGCGGCACCGCAAGCGCUCGCUGCGCGACCGCCCCGCUGCCCGCGAUCUGGGAAAACCGUGUCGUUCUCGCCCAGACCCUCUCGCUGCCGGGUAUAAAGAGAGCCAAAGCGGGGCGGCCAUUGAGCGAGGCUGUCGUCUGCCUCGUCUGAGCCGCAUCAUGCGUCUCGCUGCAUUGCUCUCGGCGCUCGUGGCCUGUGCGUCGGCCGGUGUGCCCGUCGCACUUGGUGGCGGCCCGCUGGCUGGUGCUGCGCUACUAGGCGGCGGCCUCGGGUCAGCCAUGCUCGUCGGCGAUGGCCUGGGCACCGCCGCUUUCGGCCACCUCGGUGGCCUCCGCGGUUUCGGUGGACUUGGUGGCCUGGGUGCUGAGGGCCUGGGUCAUGGUGGUCUAGGUGCCACCAACCUAGGAGUUGGCGCGCUGGGCCUUGGCGGCCUCGGAGACCUAGGAGGUGGAGGAGCACUCCUACAUGCCGGUCCGACCGUGCUGGGCGUGGGGAGCCCGGGGUCCGUGGCAGCAGGCCCGGCGACUGUGUCCGGGCCGACGACUGUGUCCGCCCCGGUAAGCGUGUCGGCCCCCGUCUCUAUCCCGGGUCCAGUGGUCACGCCCGUAGCGUCUGUGACGUACGUCAAGCAGCCAGUUAUUAAGAUCCGCUAUGUGACGAGACCUGUCACCACCUACGUGAGGCAGCCCGUCGCAACUGUGACGCACACCAUUAAGAAGAUCGUCAACUACAACAACGCCGGAGCACUGUUAGGACUCGGUGGCAAUGGCGACUUGGAUCUCAGCGGGGAUCUAGCUGGCGGCGACGGAUUGGACGGGGGUGACGGAGGCAGUGGUGGUGACUUGGCUGGCGGCAACGGUGGCGGCAGUGGCGGUGGCGGCGGUGGCGGUGGCGGCAGUGGCGGCGGUGGCGGCAAUGGUGGCCGUGGCCGCGGUGGCGGCGGCUUCAGUGGUGGAAACAGUGGUGGUGGUGGUGGCUUCGGGGGUGGAAGUGGUAGUGGAGGCGGUGGUAGUGGCUUCACUGGUGGAAACGGUGGUGGUAGUGGCUACGCUGGUGGUAACAAUGGCGCAAGCUUCGGUGGAGAUAACGGCGGUGGUGACCUCGCUGGGGGCAGUGGAGGUGGAGGAGGUUUCUCCAGAGGUCCUGUCGGAGGCGGGAGCUUUGCUGGUGGCAGUGGGGGCGGAGGAGGCUUCGCCAGAGGACAUGGUGGUGCCGGCGGUGGCUUCGGAGGAAGCGGUGGUGGUAGCAGCUUUGGAGGAAGUGGUGGCAGUAGCAGCUACGGAGGAAAUAGUGGUACUAGCAGCUUCGGAGGAAACAGUGGUGGAGGCUUCGGUGGCGGUGGCUACAGAGGUGCCGGCGGUAGUGGAUUGGGAAGCGGCGGUGGAUUUAAGCCUGUGCGAAUUGCAGGACGAGGACCAUCCUUUAACGUGUAUAAGAAGCAUCAUUACUGAGUCCUCAGCAAUAAGUAACACACGUAACAAAAGUGGUGGUGAGCUGCGUUUGUGCACAGCUUGCCUUCAAAGAAGUCGAUCCAAAUGAGUCAGUUCAAAAGUCACCCACCAGCUACAAGCUAGCUCAGGAACUCGUGCAUCAGGGCGUGUCAUGCGGUUCCAUUGACUGUACAGUACUCCCUUCGCCCCUCAUCAGUUUGUUGCCAUUGUUUUCGCUAAGCGUGCUUUUGCUGUAUAAAGCUAUCAAAUAAACUUGCCUGUGGCCAUUUUUACUU